CAAAGCCCACAAAAUAAGAGUUUCUACAGAGGAUGCGUGAAAAACCAGAGGUAUAUUAAAGUGUUAUUAUUCUAACACGUUUAGUGUCCACUGUUGAACAUCAGCGCUGUAUCUAUGUGCUGACGUUACUGUAGCAACCGAUGUAAAAAUAGAUAAUAGAAGCAACUCUGACAUCUACUAAUCUCUAAUCAAACACACCUGAGACAGCUAGAUCUGGAUUCACCUGAGAAUCACUGGCAGAUUAUUCCAUCCUGUGAUGUUACGUUUUGCUCUGGUUUUAGAAAAGUCUGAAGAUGUGAAACCAGUGGAGUCAUUGAGGGAGAAGAGGAUAGAGAUCAGAUUGUUCACAAAAUGUUACAACCAAAGGAGGAAUAUGAGGAUAUCAGUCUUCUGGAGCCGUUUGCAGUGAAAAGUGAAGUUGAGAAUGAGGAAGUGCUUGUCAUAAGAAGAGUGAAAGGAAGAAAGAAUACAGCAAGCAAGCCUCAUUAUUGCUCACAGUGUGGAAAAAGCUUCAAUUUGAGUGCACAGUUAACAAGACACAUGCGCAUUCACAGCGGAGACAAACCAUACAAAUGCUCAAAGUGUGAAAUGUGUUUCAGAACUAAAGAGAAUCUGUCUGAGCAUAUACACAUACACACUGACCGAAGACCUUAUAAGUGCCAUCAAUGUGGGAAGGGCUUUUUACGACCAGGAAGACUUGAAAUCCACAAGAGAAUCCAUACAGGAGAAAAGCCUCAUCAUUGUGUUCAGUGCAGGAAAAGUUUUAAAAGCACAUCAGAACUCCAGCUUCACACAGUCAUACACACAGGAGAAAAACAUUACUACUGUUCUCAGUGUGAGAGGAGUUUCAGACGAAGCGGACACUUGACAAGACACAUGCGUAUACAUACUGGUGAGAGACCUUUCCAGUGUGCACAAUGUGGGACAUGUUUCUCACGAGCAGAACACCUCAGAAGUCAUCAGUUCAGAGUUCACAGACAAACAAAGCAAGCAGAUAAACUUGAAGAAUGACGUAUACACAGCAGUUUUACAGUACAUUUGUCCCUAAAUCACUUUCACAUCACUUUUUGUAAUCAAAUCAUUUUGAUUUGAAACCUCUUUUGUAUGGGAAGAGUUUUCUAAUAGAACCAGAUAAAAUAAAUAAAUACAUAAACUAUGAACAUAUAUGAACCGAAACUGAUGACAUCAUAGCAUGCAAAAAUGUUUUCCGUUAUAAGUAAUUGAACACCUAAUAAUUAAACUACUGUGUAGAAGUUGUAUUAUUAAAGCUUUGUGAAUCUGUCACUGCCAUAUUAGGCACUUAGUUUAAUUAGUAAUUAUUUGUUAAUUUGUUGAGUUAAAAUUGUAAAAAUAUUGAUUUAAAAACAAACCUCACCUGACAAGUGAAAGUUGUCUCAUCUGUGGGUUAUGUAAUAACGAUAAUGGGAUUAAAGAAAUAACAUAUAUUUUGUAUAAUAAAAGUUGAAAAAUGUGAAAAUAAACUGACUUUUAUUUGAAAAAUU